CUUUGUUACAGAAAAAUACUCCUGUUGCUGGAUGUCUGUACUACUAUUACUUGGCACUUGCACGAUACGAGAAAUGAUCAUACUGAUCUAAUGAAAGAUUUUCUGCAGAUACAUUGUUGCUAGGGCUACUGUGAAAUGGAUUCCAAAGUGAGAGAAUCAGAGACCAUGGCUGAUGAUAAUUCAUCCAAAAAGAAAUCUAAGUUUAAAUCUUUUAAAAAGUUUUUUGUAAAGAAGAAAAGGAAGGAGACAUUGCCAACAUUGGGGGAGAGCAUCCUGAAGCUUAGCCAGUCUGCCAGCGAUAUCACCGUGCCUGAUUCCAUGCGCAUGGAUUAUGAUUCUGAGGAUGACAUUGGGUCUGCAGCUGGUGUUCUGGGAAGCAGAGCUGUAUCACACGACAGCAUUUUUAUUCCAGAGAUGGCACAAGAGCCUGUAAGACCAGUGCGCAUAUUCUCCCAGGAAAAUGUGUCCGAUCAUAUUAAAGCUCUUCAGUUGAAACUUCAGGCAAAUAUCAGAACAAGUCCUUAUGCAUUUCCUACCAAACGGACUGAUGAUCCUGGGACCAGUUCUGAAGAUGAUGGAUUACCCAGAAGCCCUCCAGAAAUAUCUCAUAUACACAAGGCAAUAAAGAGCCGGUUUUCUGAUCCAUACAAGCACCUUAGUUCAUUGAGUUUAGCUGGUACAGGCAGCGAAGAGGAUGAGCAGGUAUCUUCAGGUCAUUUCUCUAGACCCCUUUCACCAGAGGAGACGCACUUCACUAACUUUACAAUUGACAGGAUAUCUUCCCCACAGAAAACAGACAGCAGUGUUGUCUCACCCUCAACUGGCUUUGACAAUCCUCCUCAGUUCUCCGCCUGGCUUGACAACUCUGCAGCAAAGCACAGGGUUUCAGUAAGGCCCAAAAAUCAGAGGACAACAAAGAGUAGAAAACCAUCAGAGGUGCAUCAGGAAGAGUAUAGUGCUAACUUAAAUUGCACAGAAGAGGAAGAUGAGACAGACCUUCAAAACGAACCAGUUUCAUCCUCUACAAAAGAACACAACAAUCAAAUAUCAGCAGAAACACUAACCACUGGAUUAUGUGACAGUUCUGCAACACAACUACUUGACUUCCAAUAUAGAAAUAAAGAGAAAGUUGAAACGUUUGCUGAGGUCAUCAUAGAAAAUAAUUCAGGGGCUACACUGCAUGAACUGACUAAUUCUGAAAAAUCUUCUCUUUUGCCUUCUCAUUCUAACAGUGGUCCAAAUAUAAAACUGGAUGAAGACACAACAUUUCCAUGUAAAUUGGGGGACAAUAUAAAUGAAAAUAAAUCUAAAGUUGGGACAAGUAAUUUAGAUAUAAUGGAAAAGGUCUCAUGUAGCACACAAUUAGGUGAAAAUAUAUCAAAUAAUAAGGUAGAAUAUCCUCUUGAAAAGAACAAUAUGUCAGUGAGACCUAUAUUUACUAAAGAAGAUAAUAAACUACCUGUUGUUAUAGAAAUGGGUGUAGCAACAACAAAGAAUGCUUUUACACUUUCCCAUGAAACGUUGCAAAGUAAUAAGGGCCAUUCUCAGAUUCCUCACACAUUAACAAAGGCCGAACCAUUACUCUGUAAUCCUGAAUAUAGCAUUGAAGAAAAAAACCUCUAUGAUAAAGAAAAUAAUAAAGUGGCAGUGAAAGUGGAAACGCCAGCAACUGAGAUUGGUUCUCUGAGGAAAUUUUCUGUAUCCUCUGCAUGGGAAAGGCCAAGGACUAGCAGCUUCUCAUUGAAAGGAAACGUGGAGAGUGAAACUCUAAAAAACAUAACUCAGCCUAAGUCACGUAUGUCUAUAAGCGAGAAACUGAAGGAUGAGCCAAGACCAACUUCUUUGCCUACUGUAAAUAUGGGAACUAAUAGGAAAAUAGAAAGCUUGACUGAUUAUGAGGAUAAGUCUGAAGACAAAGAAGGCCUUAGUUGCACUCAGAGCAUGGUGCCAACUACUAGUGAUGCGUCUGCCGUUGCUGACUUACAGACAAGUCCAGAAGACAAGAAUUCCUUUUUUGUUAAGUUAAGAACUACUUCUCUUUCCAUAAGAUGCAGAGAUGGAACUUACCCAGAGUCAAAUAGACAGAAAAGAUAUAGUUCAGAGUUUAAGCAGGAAAAAACAGAAUGUUUACAAUUCUCAAAGAAUGAAUUAGCAGAAGUCAGAAGCCCGGAUAUAAAUGUUUUCAGUUCAAAAAAAGAAGCCCUGCAAUGUAAAUCAAGCCUCUUAGAACAGACCACUUUAAAGCCUGCGCUGCCGAAGAAGCCCGUUUUGCAAAAUGUAGCCACAGACGAUAAUAACACAAACAAAGGUGUUUUAGAAAUUGUCACAAGUCAGGAAAAGAAAGAAAAGUCUUCAAAUUCUAAGACUGAGGGAAAUAAUACAGAGAGAAAACCAAGUGUGAAAAGCAUGGAGAAGAACACUCCUUCCCCAUUGGCUGCAGCUGAACCUGUCAAAGGAACAGAGAGUAAACCUCAGCCAGAUUGGAUAUCUUUAGCAAGGCAGAAGCAGAGAUCCUUAAAAGACGAACUUCCUAUUACAACAGAAAAACCUGUAAAUCAGGAUGCUGAAAAGUCAAGCAAAGAAAGGACAGAGGUUCAUUUGAGGCAGCGAGCCGACAAAAAAACAAAUCCUGCAGCUACUAUUGUUCCUGAAAUACAUGGGCAAGAAUCCAAUCCAGAACUAAAAGAACAACGGCAGAGAGCUAACACAAUUUCACAUCCAGUCUUUGCAACACAGACUUCCUUGUCAACUGAGAAAGAAGAAAAAACACAAACCAAACAAAUGAAUCAAUCACAGACUGGUCAGCCAUCUUGGAUGGAACUUGCUAAGAAGAAGUCUCAAGCCUGGAGUGAUAUGCCUCAAAUUAUAAAAUAAUAAAGUUCCACUGGCUUGUAGUUUUUGCUCUUGAAUAUGUAUAAUAGCCAUGAACCUUAGGAGUUUUCUUUAAAUAAUCUGUGGGAGUUUUGAGAUAUAUCCUGCUCAAUAAAUUAUAUUUAACAAAACAAAAACACACGUUUGACUUUGCAUCUAAAAAAUGUCUUUAUUAAAAUGCUUACAGCUUUCCAUGA